GAUCAAGAAUUGAAGAGUUAGAAUUAGGAGUUGAAGAAAGAGGAUUAAGAAUUGAAGAAUCAGGAUCAAGAAUUGAAGAACCGGAAUUAAGAAUCGAAGAAUCAGGAUUAAAGAUCAAAGAAUAG